AUGAGUCACAACGAUAACGAAAAAAGUGUUGGAAUAAACCGCAAGCAGACAGACUAUAGCUCAAGCGGAUCAGACAAUUUAAUAGCCACGGAUUCAAAAUGUGUCGAGAUUGAUAAUGAAGGCAAGGGGUUUUCCCCUUCAAACUCUGAAUCUGGGGAUAGCGUCCACACUUUAAGGCCAGAGACAUUAGAACGAGGCUUAAAAUCAAGACAUGCACAAUUGAUUGCUAUAGGUGGUGCUAUUGGCACAGGUUUAUUUGUUGGUUCAGGUGCUGUGUUGGUCGCUUGUGGACCAGCUUCACUUUUUAUCUCGUACUUGCUUAUGUCUUCAGUGGUUUAUUUCGUCAUGCAAAUGUUAGCCGAGAUGACCAUUCUAUUGCCUUUACCAGGAAAUGGUCCAUUGGCUUUCAUUAAUGAUUUCUUGUCCCCAUCAUUUGGUUUUGCUUUAGGAUGGAAUUAUUGGUAUGCUUUUAGUAUAUUGGUGGGGGCUGAAGUCACUGCAGCUGCUGUGGUUGUUGAAUACUGGACAAAAUCAGUCAACACGGCGAUUUGGAUAACAGUCUUAUUGGCUAUCAUAAUAAUGAUGAAUAUGACAUCUGUGCGAUUCUUUGGUGAGUCCGAAUUUUGGUUUGCGUCAAUCAAGUUGAUUGCAUUAACUUGUUUGAUUAUUACGAGUAUUGUGUUGUUCUUUGGUGGUGGUCCCAAUCAUGACAGACUAGGUUUCAGGUACUGGAAACAGUCAGCGUUCAAUGAACAUCUUACUGGAGGCUCUACAGGAAGAUUCUUAGGUUUGUGGACAGCCAUAAUUAAGUCGGGAUUUUCAUACAUUACAUCACCAGAAGUUGUUUCAACCACCAUGGGAGAAACUAUUGCCCCACGUGUCAACGGAGCCAAGGCCGCAAGACGUUUCAUUUGGCGGUUAAUAUUCUUCUAUGCUUUGGGGUCAUUGAGUAUCAGCGUUAUUGUCAGUUCGAGAGAUCCACAUUUAUUUGGAGGUGCAGAAGACACUUCAGGUAGUCCUUUCACUAUUGCAAUGCAAAAUGCAGGAAUCACAGGGUUAAAUCAUGUUAUCAAUGCAGUCAUUUUGACAUCUGCUGAGUCUGCAGGUAACUCCUUUUUGUAUGCAGCAUCCAGAGCAUUGUUUUCCAUGGCCCAACGGGGCAAUGCACCAAAGAUUUUCGCUAAAGUGAAUAGAUUUGGUAUCCCUGUGUACAGUGUUGCUGUGUCGUCUAUGUUUGGGCUCUUAUCAUAUUUAAACGUCUCAUCUGCCUCAGCAACAGUUUUUGCUUGGCUUUCAAACAUUUCCACCAUCUCUGGUUUCAUUGCUUGGGUGACAAUUGGAGCUGCUUAUCUUAGAUGGAGAAAAGCGGUUGAAUAUCAUGGAAUUCUCGAUAGAGUUCCUUACAAAUCACAUUUUCAACCGUAUGGAGCUUACUAUGCUAUUGGUAUGUUGUCGAUCAUUACACUUACAAAUGGAUAUGCGGUGUUUUUUGACUUUAAUGGGGCAGAUUUUGUGGCUGCGUAUAUCACAUUACCAUUUGUGGCAGUUUUGUAUUUUGGGCACAGGGCAUAUGAUUACUACAAAAAUGGUCACACGAAGUGGUUGGUUGAGAUUAAGGAUAUCGAUUUGUUGACGAACUUGGACUCAGUUGAAGACGAUGAGCAACACUAUGAAAUCCGUGUGCCAAAAAAUAUUAUUCAAAAAUUUUGGUACUGGUUGGCUUAA